CGGCGGCGGCGGCGGCGACGACUACGACGACGACGACCGGGUUUUUGUUUUUCCCGAUGUACAAACGGAAAACAUUAUUUUGUUGAUCGAAAUCCGGUGCGCAUGCGCCGCGGCAACAACGCGCCGCAGCCGGCAGUUGUUCACUAAACAUUGUUUUAUAACGUGAACUAAACCCAAGGCCGGUGCAGUUUGCCAUCAACCAUCGAAACGCGCGCCCGUUUCCGCCGCCUAUCGUUCUGCUGCUUCUGCUGCUGUGCUCCUCUCGCGUCUUCUUCGCUGUCGUCUGGCCGGCACGACAAUAAUAUCAUCACUAUAACAAUCAUCGCUAUAUCGUUUUGAAUCUCCCGCCGUUCACACGGUUGUCAUCGUUGUUUGUUUGUAUGCCGUUUUUUAUUCCGUCAGCUCACACCGUGCGCGCCGACCCCGCAUGCGCGUCGCCACCACUCGAACCGUCCGAAAUUCGAAACGAAAACCCAACGGUUUUCCACUCGCGUCCGUCGCACGUCUAGCGAGCUCGUAGGGCUGAGGUGGUGCUGGUGGUCCGCGAACCACCCUGUACCGGGGGCGGCCAUGGAGUGGUACCGGGAGCAGACCAUCCAGCUGAUCGACUUGUUCCGGAGCCGUCCGGCCCUGUGGGACACCAGCUCGGUGCACUACCGCAACAAACGGAUGAAGAACGAUUCCCUGGAACAGAUCAGCGUCAAGCUCAAGUGUCCCAAGGAGGAGAUCGCCAAGAAGAUUUGCACGUUACGGGUGCAGUUCAGCCGGGAGAACGUCAAGGUGAAACGGGCCAGGGAAUCGGGCGGUGCCGCUUACGUGCCCAAGUGGUUCGGAUACCAGCUGCUGUGUUUCCUCAACGACCAGUCCCGGUAUUCGUCGCAGCCGAUCAACAACUGCGCGCCGGGCGCCGCCACUGCUCCGGGGACGUCCGGAGUCAUGCCGGCCGGUAUGGUCGCGCAAAACCAAAUGGACGCAGAAAAUCAACAUUUUAACUGGAGUCAAACGUCCGAGGACAGUUAUGCAGAAGCAAACGAAACAAAUGCAAGUGGCUAUGAGGCGGACAGCGUACUGACUUCAAUGAUGCACGAGUCCAUGGACGAUUACCACAACCAGGAACCUAUUGUGGACGUCCAAGAACCGCAAACAUGGUCGUCGUGUAGAAAAUACCGYGGUAURCAGCCAGCAACAGGCGGAAACUAUUCAGAAGACGAUGGCGGAGGCUACAGCAGCAGGAAGAUGAUGCGAAUGUCCAGGCCCGAUGCACCGCCGUCUGAUGAGUUCAACACAUUCUCGGACUAUGUGGCCGAACGGAUGCGUAACCUUAAAGCCGACAAGGCUCUUCAGCUGAUGGCCCGGCGAGACAUUGAACAAGUGUUGUUCAAGUAUGAAAUGAAGCUGUUGGAGCAGRUGAGAGAUUCACAACAACACCAACAACCCGACACUGAGGCGGCGACUACGUCCAAGUCCAUUUCACCAUCACCUAUCAGUGACAUGGAACAACAGUAGACCUUAAUAUUAUUAUCUACGACAGCGUGUACCAGGUGACUACAACUAGUCGUUCAGGACCAGCAUCCUUUUCUGUGCAUUGUUUAUGAUAAUAUUAAUAUUGAAUAAUGCUACAGGGAGAACUAUUAAUGCUCACGUUAACCCUGGAGUUCUACAUAUUAUAUUUUAGACAUUUGUAUACAGCGAAAAAAAUUUGUUUAUGUUACUAUGUAAACUUAAAGACAAUUUAUAUGCGUAAUAUUGAUUCCUAUAUAUUUCUAUUAUUAUUAAAUGUAUGUAUUUCUAAUAAAACAUUUUACACUA